CGCGCGCUAAAGGGUUCUCAUGGGUGGCCUCUUCACCAAGAUAGGCAAGUCAGCUGCGGGGGAGUACGAGGGCGAGUGGAACGCGGCGGGGGUUCGCGAGGGGCGCGGCGUCAUGCGUUACGUCAACGGCAACGUUUACGACGGCGAGUGGAAGGCGGGUAAUCCGUGGGGGCGCGGCGUCUUGCGGUACGCCAACGGCGACGUCUAUGACGGCGAGUUUAAGGCGGGUUUGCGGGAGGGGCGCGGCGUCAUGCGGCUCGCCGACGGCACCAACGGCCAAGGCUACGAGGGCGAGUGGAAGGCGGGUUUGCCGGAGGGGCACGGCGUCAUGCGGCUCAAAAACGGCAACGUCUACGACGGCGACGUGGCGUCGGGCUUCUUCAAGGUAAGGAAAGAGGGCGACGGCCCCGUCGGCGAGGCUGUCAAGUGGCUGGCGGACGGGCGGCAGGCGGCGCGGCUGCGUGGCUGGAAGGUUGUGGAGGAGAUCUCGCUGGAGGAGGCGCGGCGUACCGCCGAGCGGCUCGGGCUCGCCCUCCCCUCCCCGCUGCCCGGCGCGGCGUGAGAGGCCCAGCACUCUUAAGCGAGAGCACCCCUGGAGCACAUGUUCUCCGUGCGAGACCGAGCCGCGACCUAUAUCAUUUUGAGUCGGCGGCGGCGGGGGAGGCUGCCGUCCCCCCUCCUAUUCCUUCCCCGGGCCGGAGGUGGUUGGUGGUUGUGUGCGCGACGGACACACGCGGCGCGCGCAGCACGCACGCACGCACACGCAUGAGCAAUAGGCCCUCACGUAUUAUAUAAACGCAUCCAUG